AUCUGCAAGAUCUGGCCAAGCAAACUCAACACUGCACUCUGCUGAAUUAGCCAGCCAGCAGCGUUUGCAAAUUGCAAUGGGGCGAUUUUCCCCUCUCCUCGCCGCUUCCAUGUCGGUGCUGGUUGUCGCCGCCGCCUCACUACUCCCGGCAGCGCGAGCCCACAAUAUCACCAAGAUCCUGGCACAGCACCCGGAGUUCUCCUCCUUCAACCACUACCUGUCGGCCACCCACCUGGCCAGCGAGAUCAACCGCCGCCUCACCAUCACCUUGCUCGUCGUCGAUAACACCGGCAUGGCCGACCUUCUCGCCAAGCACCUCUCCCUCCCCACCCUCCGCAACGUCCUCUCCCUCCAUAUCCUCACCGACUACUACGGCGCCAAGAAGCUCCACCUGCUCACCGGCGGCUCCACCUCCUCCUCCUCCGUCUUCCAGUCGUCCGGCCACGCCGUCGGCACCUCCGGCUACAUCAACAUCACCGAUCAUUUGCGCGGCAAGGUCACCUUCGUCUCCGAGGACUCCGGCGGCGGCUCGCCCGCCACUUUCGUCAAGUCCGUCGAGGAGCUCCCCUAUAACAUCUCCGUCCUCCAGAUCAGCACCAUCCUCACCUCGCCGGAAGCAGAGGCACCGGUGGCGGCGCCGGGCCCCGUGAAUCUCACCGACCUCAUGGCCAACAAGGGAUGCAAGGACUUCGUCGACCUCCUCCACGCUAACCCCGACGUGCUCAAGUCCUUCCAGUCCAACCUCGACACCGGCCUCACCGUCUUCUGCCCCGAUGACGACGCCGUCUCCGCCUUCUCCCCCAAGUACAGUAAUCUCACCGCCGCCGGCAAAACCAGCCUCCUCCUCUACCACGGCAUGCCCGUCUACUACUCGCCGCAGCUCCUGAAGGCCAACGGCGACGGCCCCCUCUCCACCCUCGCCACCGACACGCACAACAAGAACUACAAGUACACAGUGCAGAGCGACGGCGACGCCAUCACCAUCAAGACCCACAUCGUCACCGCCGCCAUCUCCUCCACCCUCAUCGACCAAGACCCCGCCGCCGUCUACGCCGUCGACAAGGUGCUGGAGCCGCGGGAGCUCUUCAAAAUCCCGGAAAAGGAGACCGCCGACGCGCCGGCACUGGCGCCGGCCGCCUCGCCACAAAAGAAAACAAAGGCUGCAGCCAAGCACAAGGCUACCGGGCACGGCGCCUCGCCGCCUGCCCCAUCUGGCCCAGAAGAGGCGCCCGCUGACGACGUGACUGCGGCGGACAAUGCCGCACUCCGAGCAACCAGGGCAGCUUUCGCAGCCUGGACGUCGCUAGCCGCCGCAGCUGCCGCCGUGCUCCUCCUUGCAUAAGUAAAUCGAUUUAAUCAGUGUAUUUGUCUUCUGUAAUUCUUCUUAUUCAUCUCCUUGUCCCUCUCUCUCUCUCUCAUAAAUUCCUCUGUUCUUAUUAAUUGUGUUGUGUGAUUUUGCAUGGAAUGAAAUGCCAAUAAUUGCUCUGUAA